GAAAGGAUGCAAAGGUGGGUACCAGGCGAUGCCCGCAGCCUGUCGAGCCCCUGUGAAAGCCCCGGGGGAGCUGGGGUGCCCGCUGGCAGCACCCCUGGGCACCCUACGGGAACACGGGGUCCCCGAGCUCCCCGAGCCCCUGGGCAAGAGCAAGAACAAGAAGCGGAGGAACAGGACGACCUUCAGCACGUUCCAGCUGGAGGAGCUGGAGAAAGUCUUCCAGAAGACCCAUUACCCCGAUGUCUACGCCCGUGAGCAGCUGGCACUACGGACGGACCUGACCGAAGCCAGGGUGCAGGUCUGGUUCCAGAACCGACGGGCCAAGUGGCGGAAACGGGAACGUUACGGGAAAAUCCAGGAGCUGCAGAACAACCUGUGGCCGAACUCCGGCCCCGGGAGCCCCACCGGGCUCCUGCCCCCCGAGAGCAUCCCGUCCCCCUGCAUGUCUCCGUACCCCCACGCUCACAGCAACAUCGCCGGCUUCAUGGGCAUCCCCGCUUCUCCCGGCCCCCACCCCGGCAUCAACAGCCUCUACUCCCUGCACGGCCUCCCCCCCCCGGCCCUGGGCACCCACCCCUUCGAGCCGGCACCCCAAAACGACUACAAGUCGCCCGCCCUGGUGCCGCUGAGGGUGAAGAGCAAAGAGGCGACCAGCAGCCUGCUGAACUGGGCUACGUGAUCCCCCGCCCCCCCGCAGGGAGGGACACGGAGCGUUCACACACACACACACACACACCCCGA